AUGCCACCAAUACCAAUACCGCCUCCAACGGUGACGACCGGACGAUGCGAAUGGAAAACCGACAGCCGGGGACAAGGAAAGGAUGGGACGGAAUCCAUACACGCGCGCACUCCGCACAAACCUAAUGUUCAUCUUGGAUUUUACGAUAGACGUGCUGAGAUUCUGGCUGCCCAUGAUGCGAAGAGUCUGUACUCAGAUUCAUCGUCUCUGGAAACCUCGGUGGAAUUCCUCACAUCGCAGAUGGACAAAAUCCGGGAAUGGUUACGGAGUGUUCCUGACGCCAUGAAGACCAACAAACGCAAGGAUGGUGGAGAGCCGUUCUCGACCGACCGAUCCCGACUAGAUCUGGAACGGUAUGCACCCUCGUGGUGUAGCGCCAACGGCUUCUCCUCCAGCUUCUCUACUACAACCUCUCUGUGA